CAUGUUUGGUCUAAGACGGGCCAGAGACAAGAAAGAGAAAAACAUGGAGAACGCAAAGUGAAAAUAAAAAGAGAGAAGAAGAAUCGAGCCAAUUUGUUUGAAAUCAAAACCCUCCAAAUUUCUCCAAUCAAACCAAAAAUAAAAAAAUCCCAAAUCCAUCUAUAAAAUCCUUCUCUCUCCAAUAUCCAGAUCUUAUUUUCUCAUAAUCUCAUCAAAUUUUGCAUCUUUUUGAUUCAUUUCACUCCCUCUGUUUCCUCUGUAUUUCAAGUUCAGUUUAUCAAAUUUGGCUGAAAGGGCCAAGAAUCCAAUAUGGGAAUUCAAAAAGAUCGAGUCAAGUUCAAUGUAGGCGGUAGAAUUUUUGAAACGACAGCUACGACUCUUGCAAAUGCAGGGCGAAACUCAUUCUUUGGAGCAUUAUUUGAUGAAAACUGGGACUUAAACUCACAAUUCAACAACAAUUCUAGUGAAGCUCUCUUCAUUGAUCGAAACCCUGAGUGUUUUUCAAUCCUUCUCGAUCUUCUCCGAACAGGUGAUCUCAACAUUCCCCCAAAUAUCAAUGAAAGACUCCUCUUUAGAGAGGCCUCAUUUUAUGGUCUUCUAGACCAUGUCCGCACGGCCAGAUGGGGUCCAUUUGAUGGCAACAGGUUAAGGCUAUCCCAGUCUGUAACAGGUCAGGCUCCCGGCGAUGGAACUGCCAUCCGGGCAGGCCCAGAUGGCGGCUGCUGUGUGGCUCAUGGCAGCAUGGUUCAUGUUUAUGAUUGGAUGUUGGAAGAACACCCACCAAUCAAUCUUGAUUAUCAAAGAGUCAAUGAUAUUGGGUGGGUUGACUCUGAGAACGUUGUGGUAAGUGUUUGUGAAAGAUUAGGUAGCAAAGAUGGAGGGAUGGGAUUGUUUAGUGCCUCAACUGGAGAGUUGAGGUAUAAGUUUCAGGUCAGCCAUGACAAUCAAGUGAAGAGUUACACAGCUGGGGCAUUGAGUUUUAGUAAUGAUUAUAAAAUAUUUUCAAGUUGCAAAGGGAGGAGUAAUGAGUAUGGGAUUGGAGUUUGGGACCAGGUGACAGGAAAGCAGAUAGAUUUCUUUUAUGAAAGUCCAGUUUGGUCUCUUGGUGAUGCUGAUAAGCUGCAAUGGCUAAAUGGGAGCAGCUGUUUGUUGGUUGCAACUUUGUUUCCAAGAAAGGACAACUGUUACAUUAGUUUGUUGGAUUUUAGGAACAAGAACAUGGUGUGGUCUUGGUCUGAUAUUGGAGCUCCUUUAACAGUGGAUGAGAAGAGGGUUAGGGAUGCCAUUGCAAUGGAGGAGAGUAACUCCAUUUGUGUAGUGAAUGAGUAUGAGGAUUUGGGGUUCAUUGACUUGAGAGUUAAUGGAGGAAGUGUAAGGUGGAGCUCCAGAAGCCGGUUGAUGAAAGGCAAAAUGCCUGAUGAGCCUUGUUAUCCGAAACUGGCAUUGCACGAUGGACAGUUGUUUUCAUCAAUGAACGAUUCAGUUUCCGUGUUUUGUGGUCCGGAUUGGGUGUUAACAUCCAGGCUUCGACGAAGUCAUGGAGAUUCCAUUUGUGAUUUCUCAAUCGGUGGUGAUCGACUUUUCACUCUACAUAGUGAGGAGAAUGUGUUUGAUAUAUGGGAAUGCCCUCCUCCUCCAAUCAUAUGAUUCAGUUUGUUAUGGUUUUCUUGCUCUUACAGUUUUGUUUCUUACAGUUGGAUAGGUGCUUUUCAUUGUAGAAACAUUGAGAUAUAAUAUACAGUGUGUGAUUUGUAUGGA